CGCAGUUAUUGGAAGGGGCUCGGGCCUGGCGGGAGCUGGGCGGGGCCGGAAGGUGACCGGCACUAUGGCGGUCACGGUGCCGCUGCGGGACCGCCUGAGCUUCCUGCACCGGCUCCCGAUUCUCCUGAAGGGAACGUCGGAUGACGACGUCCCAUGUCCAGGCUACCUGUUUGAGGAGAUCACCAAGAUCUCCCACGAGUCCCUGGGCAGCAGCCAGUGCCUCCUGGAGUACCUGCUGAGCCGUCUGCAGAGCGGCUCUGGCCGUGUGAAGCUCAAGGUACUGAAGAUCAUGCUGCACCUGUGUGGUCAUGGCUCCUCGUCCUUCCUGCUCAUCCUUAAGCGCAACCCCGCCUUCAUCCAGGAAGCCGCAGUUUUCACAGGACCCCCGGAUCCUCUCCACGGGAACAGCUUGUACCAGAAGGUGCGGGCGGCUGCCCAGGACUUGGGGGCUGCCUUGUUCUCGGACGCCUUGUCACCUCUGCCUCCCUCCCAGCCGCCCAGGGCCCUGCCUCCAGCAGGCAUGGGCUCCCAUUCCAGGCCCCAGAGCGCCCUACAGGGCUUUGGCUACAGCAAGGAACGGGGCCACACAGGCUCUGCGGGCGAAGCCUUCCUGUCCACCAUCCAGAAGGCCGCAGAGAUGGUGGCCAGCGCCAUGCGCCCUGGGCCUGAGAGCCCCAGCUCCCAGAGGUCCCUUCUGCGAGGUGACGCCUACCAGCCGGCUGUGACACCUUCAGCCAGCCUCGGCCCCCCAACCCCCAGGAACCCUCUCCCCAGGGCCGGCCCAGGUGCCCGAGCCAUGAGACACCAGCCUGGGCAGGCCGGAGGCGGCUGGGAUGAGCUGGACAGCAGCCCAAACUCUCAGGAUUCUUCCCAGGAGAAUGACGACCUGGGCAAGGCCUCAGACUCAGGUAGUCCGUCGGGCAGUGACAGCCCCUCAGGGGCCAGCCGGGCACCCAGCGACCUGGCAGAAAGGGUCGAGGCCGUGACCCUGAGUGACUGCCAGCAGGAGCUGAGCCUGGUCCGGGCCGUGACACGGGGGCCGCACUGCUUCCUGAGCCGAGAGGAGGUGCAGCACUUCGUCAAAGAGUGUGGACUCCUCAACUGUGAGGCCGUGCUGGAGCUGCUCGUCCGCCACCUGGGCGCAACCAGCGAGUGCGUGCAGAUGAGAGCCCUGGGUGCCAUCGCCUCCCUCGGGUGCACCGACCUGCUCUCCCAGGAGCGAGUCCUGCUCCUUGCCCGGCCUCGGCUGCAGGAGCUCAGCGUGGGCAGCCCCGGACCCGUGACCAACAAGGCCACCAAGAUCCUGAGACACUUUGAAGCCUCCUGCCGACAGUGGCCCCCUGCCCGGAGGCCCCCAGCCGAGCCUGGCCCCGCAGUCGCCCGUGUGGGCCCGUCAGACCUGCUGACCGACACCCUGCCUUUCACCGAGGGCCAGGCCUUCCUGCAGCCUCUGAGUUCAGCUCUGUUUUCGCCCAAGGACACUGCUCCCCCAUCGGGGCUGCAGCCCGGCCCUGUGCCCCCGACUUCCCUGGACGGCUGCCCCCUUCCAGCCCAUGCGGAUGCCAGGGAGGCCAAGACCAGACUGGCAGGUUCCAGAGAGCAGGGGGCUGGAUCGGAGCGGGGCCCGUUCGGCACAGACACUGCAAAGGGAGGGCCAGAGCUUGACCCGGGCCCCGGGGAUAGCUGUGACUCCUUGUUUGCUGGCAUGGAACUGGUGGCCUGUCCCCGCCUGGUGGGGGCCGGGACUGCUGCAGAAGAGCCCCUCCCAGCCUGCCAGGCUCCCUGGACACUGUCACAGAGAGUGGCAGCAAAAGAGCCUUCUGGCUCUGAGCCAUCAGCUUUCGCAUUCUUAAACUCAUGAUCUUGUCAGCCUGGGCCACUUGCAGAGUCUCUGUGUCCCCCAGCCCCUGACUCCUAGGACCCUGUGACUUUGUGCUGUCCCCAUGUGCCCACAGCCUCUGUGUCCCACCAAAGAGUGGCUCCCCUCAGGUGUCUGCAGUCGGCCUCACCCUCCUCUGGCCUCCUCCCCUCACCCACUGAGGCAUUGGUGCGGACAGCCACCCAGCCAGGCAAGCUCAGAAUGGACAGCCCACCCAGUGAUGAGAACAGCCACCAGUAAAACACAGAUAAUGUUUCAGGAGUCCACGAACCAGCCAGAGCCAGGCCGGCACUGCUGGAAGGGGUCGUCCUUGCCCAUGGGGGCUACUCCCCAACCUUGUCCCUGAGGUGGGUUCCCCAUUUUUCUGCUGGGGGGCAGGACCCCCCCCACAGCCCACCCUGUGGGUGUGAUGGCCGAGGAGCAGCCCCCCAGGCAGCCCGCAGGACACACAGGGAGGGCGGGACGGGCACAGAAUGAGGAGCUGAGUGCUCGCUGAGACUGGCAGCUGGCGGGCCCUGGGCUGCCGGGUCUCCCACCUCACAGCCAUCUGGUCUGGCAGGAUGAGUACACCGCCCGCUUUUCCCAUUUGCCAGAGGGAUCCUAAGGGAGGACAGUGGGGUGGGUGGUAUGGCGUGGCCUGCCUGGAGGGCGUGGGAGGGAAGGCCUGCUGACCGAGCUCAGAGACCAGACACCCCUUGGAACUGUCCUCAGUCCCCAGGGUCCUCUCGGGCACACAGAGAGGGGCACCAGGGAGAGACAGGCCCCAUCUGCAGGCUGAGCCCAGGCCCGGCCCCCAGCCGAGCUUCUGCUGUUUCCAGACGACAAUCCUGAGAGGAGGACCGCAGGGCCACCUCAGUCAUUACCCCCUGUCCCCGCUGUCUCCUUGGCCAGAGACUGGCCAUUUGGACUUGAAUUCCUAUAGCAGCAGGCAGGCACAGGGCCUUACAAGUGCUGACCUCGGGGUCCCCUGGGGAAACCCCUGCCUGCCUUGCCCUCAGAAACAAGGAUUUUGGGGUGGAUUUGGAACCACUGCUUGGGUCUUUGAGCUCAGAUCCCUCUCUCAGCGGGGGUAGGGGGGGUGUACUAAGCAGCGUCACACCUUCUCGUCCAGCAGGAUGGGGCCCUUUCCAGCAUCGGGUCCCUGUGUGACCCAUGUCAGCUCCCCCCUGCCAUGACCACUGCCUGCAGAGUGUACAGCCACCUCAGAGCAAUGGCUGUGGUCACUCUUGGAAGAACUGGGGUUGACCUGGGGUCACACCUCCUACAUAAACACUGCUGUUCACACAAA